UCUCAAUGAACGCCGAGCAGUCAGAUGCACGCGUUUCUCUUGCUGUGUGCAUUGUGAUGCGUGCGUGUCAAUAGGAGGCGGAUCAGGCGCACCGGGAGGCCGUGCCAGAUUCCGCGCGAGCAAUUGGCUGCUCGUGAAAUUUGUUUGUCAGCUCGCUCACGCCACGCACUCAGGAUGUCUCGCGCUCAUCGGAAUCACAGGUAGAUUAGCGAGAUCAUCCACACGCGCAGUCCGCAGUGCGCAACGCGCGGGUCAGGAUAGAGCUCGUCGCGUGCAACGAGACAGACAGACAGACAGACAGUGAGAGUGAGAGAGAGAGAGAAAUUAACGGUAACCGGAGAGAUGACGGAGAAACGGAUGUCGCGCUGGUAUUUCGGUGGGAUCGCGUCGUGCGGAGCCGCCUGCUGCACGCACCCACUGGACCUGGUCAAGGUGCACCUGCAGACACAGCAGGAGGUGAAGAUGAGGAUGGUUGGCAUGGCGAUGCACGUGGUGAAGAACGACGGUGUGCUGGCGCUUUACAACGGCCUCAGCGCUUCGCUCUGCAGACAGAUGUCGUAUUCUCUCACCAGGUUUGCCAUCUAUGAGACGGUCAGAGACAUGAUGGGCAGCGGCGGUCAGGGACCAAUGCCUUUCUAUCAGAAAGUCCUGCUGGGCGCGUUUGGAGGCUUCACCGGCGGUUUCAUCGGGACUCCGGCAGAUAUGGUUAACGUUCGGAUGCAGAACGAUAUGAAGCUUCCUGCGGAUCAGAGGAGAAACUAUAAACACGCGCUGGACGGACUCUUCAGGGUCUGGCGGGAAGAGGGAACCAGGAGGCUGUUCUCAGGAGCCACUAUGGCGUCCAGCAGAGGAGCCCUGGUCACUGUCGGACAGCUGGCGUGUUAUGAUCAGGCCAAGCAGCUGGUGUUGGGCACAGGACUCAUGGGAGAUAAUAUACUCACACACUUCCUCUCCAGCUUCAUCGCUGGAGGUUGUGCGACAUUCCUCUGCCAGCCGCUGGAUGUAAUGAAGACGAGAUUGAUGAACUCUAAAGGAGAAUACAGAGGUGUGAUUCACUGCCUGACUGAAACUGCCAGACUGGGACCACUAGCCUUCUACAAGGGUUUAGUUCCGGCCGGUAUCCGCUUGAUUCCUCACACGGUCCUGACGUUCGUCUUCCUGGAGCAGCUGAAGAAAUACUUCGGCAUCCGGGUGGUCAGCUGAACCUUGACCUCUUGACCUUUUCCCUUUGGCCUCCUCUCGAAGCUGCACUCACUUCCACAAUAUUAUUUCUAGAAAGUCUCACACUACACACAAUGCUGCCCGGCCAACAUAACGAAAGAUGAUUCCUCCCUAUCCGAGUGCCAAACCCGUCACGACGCACAUCCGUCAGGAGAGGAAUAAACGACGGUACGCUCUUCUCUUCAGGGUGAGCUUUAGAUUAUAGAUGUUCUAGUUGAUGAUCUAGUUUAUGAAUUCAUGUUUCUGAUUAUUAUUUUUCAAGCUGUUCUUAAAUGCUUCUUUUGCAACGAGACGUUUUAAAGGAAUAGUUCACUCAUUAUCUCAUCAUUUACUCACCCGUAUGUUGUUCUAAACUUGUUCAAUGUUCUUUAUGCUGAACAUGUGUUUUUGUUUUCCUCUGAAUAGUGUUCGAUUAAAUAGUUUUGUUAGGGUGAGUAAAUUCUAACAGAUUG